GCAUGAUUCUUUUUCCGGAUUGGGCCGAUGGGGGUCUAGCACCGACGAACAUCAGACCACACUUGCUGCGCACGCGCAGGAUCCGAGAAUCACGACCCCAGGGUCAAAACGAGCGGUAAUAAUGUCAUUGGGUAGCUUGGUUGUGGCGAGGAACAAAAGGGUGGCGGAAAUCGUGUGUUGUCUCCACAGCGCACAAUCCACGCGCACAUCACGAUCUGAAUGCAAGAGGAGGCACGAUCGACCUACAGAGCUGUCAUGGGAUGUGGCACCACGCCGUCACCAGUUGCACCCGCGAGGUGGCCAUCGACAUUGUUUGCAUCGUCGAGUCCCUCCUGAAUACCGAUUGGCCGAGCAGCCGGCUCCUCAAACCAGAAUCUUGGGCAAUUGAGGCGCUGUCAGUAACGCUGAGGACUGUCGUUGGAGCAGCCGGAGGAUCUUCAGCAUCCUCGAAGAUGUCUGAAGCACCGUCGUCGACGGGAGCCU